AAUUUUUUUUUCUUUCUAGCUUGUAUUCUUUGGAUCUUCUCAGCUGAGUGAAAACAAAUCUUCCAUGUGGUGAUGCUUUACCGGUUGCUGUCUAUUGUCCAAAGACAAAGAACAAGCCCGGGAUGGCAGACCUGGUCAUCAGCAAGAAGCAGCAUGUCAGCUGCCGAGGCACAUUCUAUUGCUCUGCCUGCCCAGGCCCAGGUGGUCAUCUGUGGGGGUGGAAUCAUGGGUACAUCUGUGGCCUAUCACCUCUCCAAAAUGGGAUGGCAAGAUAUUGUCCUUUUGGAGCAGGGCAGGCUGGCUGCUGGCUCAACGAGGUUCUGUGCCGGCAUCCUAAGCACUGCUAGGCAUUCAAGCAUUGAACAGAAGAUGGCUGACUAUUCAAACAAACUCUACCAUCAGUUAGAACAAGAAACGGGGAUCCAAACAGGUUACUUAAGGACAGGCUCAAUCUCUCUGGCCCAAACUCAGGACCGGUUGAUCUCUCUGAAGCGUAUCAACUCCAGGCUGAAUGUUGUAGGUAUCCCUUCUGAGAUCAUCUCCCCGAAGAAAGUGGCUGAACUUCACCCUCUGCUCAAUGUGCAUGAUCUGGUUGGGGCCAUGCAUGUCCCUGAGGAUGCAGUAGUGUCCUCUGCUGAUGUGGCUCUUGCCCUGGCAAGUGCUGCCUCCCAGAAUGGUGUUCAGAUUUAUGACCGGACAAGUAUUCUUCAUGUACUGAUCAAAAAAGGUCAAGUUACUGGUGUGGAGACAGACAAAGGACAGAUUGAAUGCCAGUAUUUUGUCAACUGUGCUGGUCAGUGGGCAUAUGAGCUGGGUCUGUCCAACGAGGAGCCGGUUAGUAUCCCGCUACAUGCCUGUGAACACUUCUACCUUCUGACUCGUCCCUGGGACACCCCUCUGCAGAGCAACACACCAACUAUUGUGGAUGCUGAUGGUAGAAUUUACAUUAGGAACUGGCAGGGUGGCAUCUUGUCUGGAGGCUUUGAGAAGAACCCAAAACCUAUUUUCACUGAAGGCAAGAACCAGUUGGAAAUUCAGAACCUUCGUGAAGAUUGGGAUCACUUUGAGCCCCUGUUGAGUUCCCUCCUGCGUAGGAUGCCAGGAUUGGAGACUCUGGAGAUUUUGAAGUUGGUGAAUUGCCCUGAGACCUUCACACCAGACAUGAAGUGCAUCAUGGGCGAGUCUCCUGUAGUACAGGGCUACUUUGUCCUGGCAGGGAUGAACUCUGCUGGCCUGUCGUUGGGUGGAGGAGCUGGAAAAUUCCUAGCUGAAUGGAUGGUAUAUGGUUAUCCCUCUGAAAAUGUCUGGGAAUUGGAUUUGCAGCGCUUUGGAGCCCUCCAGAGCAGCCGCACCUUUCUGCGCCACCGUGUCAUGGAAGUUAUGCCUCUGAUAUACGACCUGAAGGUUCCCCGUUGGGAUUUCCAGACUGGAAGGCAGUUACGUACGUCUCCUCUUUAUGACCGGCUGGAUGCUCAAGGAGCCAGAUGGAUGGAGAAACAUGGAUUUGAGAGGCCAAAGUACUUUGUUCCACCCAACAAGGACCUUCUUGCAUUAGAACAGAGCAAAACUUUCUACAAGCCAGACUGGUUUGAUAUUGUGGAGUCUGAAGUCAAAUGCUGUAAGGAAGCUGUGUGUGUCAUUGACAUGUCCUCUUUCACAAAAUUUGAAAUAACUUCCACUGGGGAUCAGGCAUUAGACAGUUUGCAGUACCUUUUCUGCAAUGACCUAGAUGUGCCUGUAGGCCACAUUGUUCAUACUGGCAUGCUCAAUGAAUAUGGAGGAUAUGAAAAUGACUGCAGCAUCGCACGCCUGACCAAACGCAGUUUCUUCAUGAUCUCUCCAACUGAUCAGCAGGUCCACUGUUGGGCCUGGCUUAACAAAUACUUGCCGAAAGACAGCAACUUGCUGCUGGAGGAUGUCACCUGGAAAUACACAGCCCUCAAUCUGAUUGGCCCUCGAGCUGUGGAUGUGCUAUCUGAGUUGUCCUAUGCCCCUAUGACUCCAGACCACUUUCCAACUCUCUUUUGCAAGGAGAUGAGUGUGGGCUAUGCAAAUGGGAUCCGGGUGAUGAGUAUGACUCACACGGGAGAGCCAGGAUUCAUGCUGUAUAUCCCCAUAGAGUAUGCCCUGCAUGUUUACAAUGAGGUGAUGAGUGUUGGACAGAAAUAUGGAAUCCGGAAUGCUGGGUAUUAUGCCCUCAGAAGUCUCCGAAUUGAGAAGUUUUUUGCUUUCUGGGGUCAGGACUUAAACACCCUCACCACACCCCUGGAAUGUGGAGGAGAGUCUCGAGUGAAGUUAGAGAAGGGCAUAGACUUCAUUGGUCGGGAUGCCCUGCUGCAGCAAAAGCAGACUGGGGUAUAUAAGCGUCUUGCUAUGUUCAUUCUGGACGACCAUGACACAGACCUGGACUUGUGGCCUUGGUGGGGAGAACCAAUUUACCGGAACGGAAAGUAUGCUGGCAAGACCACCAGUAGUGCCUAUAGCUACACUCUUGAGCGCCAUGUAUGUCUGGGUUAUGUACACAACUUUUCUGAGGACAGUGGGGAAGAGCAGGUGGUGACAGCGGAUUUCAUCAACCGAGGAGAAUAUGAAAUUGACAUCGCAGGACAUCGGUUUCAGGCCAAGGCCAAGCUCUACCCUGUCACCUCUUUUUUCACUCACAAGCGUAGAAAGGAUGAUGUGGAGCUGAGUGACUUUCAUGGGAAGUAAUGCAAGACAUUUCUCCCUUCCUCCCAUUCUCUCACCAUGAGGAGCAUCAUUCUGGGAGCCCAUUUUUCUUCUGUCCCUGUCUCCUCACUGAAGGUCCUUUGUCCUCUCCUAGGUUUGACCUAAACUUUUUCCUUGAAAACCUUUCUUGUCUUCCCAUUUUCUCUCAUUUGCUCUUACCCCCUCCUAAUAAUCCAGGUUCUUCUCAUCCCUCCAGCGGGCUCACAUUCCCACAGUGGCAGGCAGAACCCACUUGUGGAGUUGUAUUAUGAAGACAGACUGAUUUUUAAAUUCAUUGUAAGGCAAGAUGGUAUUAUUUAAGUCUUAGGGUAAAAAUCCAUUUCCUUUCGGCUUGGAUUCUUACAGAGUACCCUGCUCAUUUUGGUAGAUUAUUUUGUGUCUGAUGCAGCCCUGGGAAUAACUUGUGUCUUAACCAGGCAGAUGAUUCUGUUCCACUGUGCUGAGGUUGCCACCUGAUACCUCUUAACCAUCUACCUCACCAAUGAGAGGGACUGUGUGGACACUGUCUGCUCUGUGGAAGGGAGAAGUAGCUACCUGGCACCCUGUAUCCCCCAACUUUGUCCUUAGAUGUUUGUGUUAGGGCAACCUGCCUGCGGUUUUCUUUAUUUUUCUGCUAUCUUAUAUCAUGAUGUUGUUUUUUUAGCUGAGUAAACAGGUAUGCCAGUAUUUGAAAGGAAAAACAAACCAUGCUGCCCUUUGUGUUGCUUUUCCCAGCAGGAGCAGUGUGAACUCAGAUGCUGAGUUCCUAGUAUUAGAGGAAGAAUGCUGCUUUUCUUUCAGCUAAUCAUAGGUCAGUAAGCUAUCCCUUCUUGAUUUCUUCAGAUGACUUCUAGCCUCAUCUGUGCCUUUUACAGCCUGCCUACAACCUCAGCAUCUAUUAUUAGCCUUUUAGAAGAGAAAAGGGGAUUAGGUAGGUUGUCUUUGGUGAUUAAGUAGACCAUGCUGUUCGUACUGCGUUCCAGAGAGCUACCAGAGCCCCAAGCUUUACAUCCCUAGCAUGAACAAAGCCACAAACAGAUGACCACUGAAAACUGUAAGUAUAGUGCAGGCCAGAGACUGCUUUCCAUCUUUUCUUUCCAGGCUCCCCCAGCCCCAGCCAUCUUGAUAGAAUCUUUGGAGUGGAAAGUGAGUGGGGAACCCACCAAAUCCACCACACAUUCCAGUGGUACUGCUUCUUUCUUUUUGUGAGAUGGUUUUACACUGGAGCUCAGGCUAGCCUCAAAUUUGCAGUGAUCAUCUUACUUUAGUCUCGUCAGCACUGGGAUUUCAGGUGUGGUGACAGGAUUUUCUGAAGCUGAAACUUGGAUGUCACAGGCUGUCGUAUGUAACAUCAACAUUGAAUUUGUUCUCAUAUACAAACUGCCCCAGUCUUUGAGAACUUUUAUCUCUCUCAGCACUCAGGAAGGUGGGCCUUUGUGAGUUCAAGGCUAGCCUGGUCUACAGGCGAGCCAGGGCAAACUCCUUUCAUUUCUUUAGAGCAGCUCAAAAUUCCCAAGUGUCAUCUUUGACAUUUCUGUAGAACUGUUAUCCACUCAAACCUUGUUUUUUUCUCCAGCUAGGCCACUCCUACUUGGCUUCUGAGAUUUUAAUUGAUUUAUUAAAAGGACACACAAUUAGAUUUUGGUGUGAGGGGAAUUAGUAUUUUAUGAGAUGAGAGAGACUGUCUCUAGGCAAAAGAAAGAAGGGAGAAAUACCCUACUAGAGACCUGAGCAGGGGAGCAGUAGCAAUAAGCUGCUGAGGUGGCAGAACAGGCUCUUAGCUGACCUGUGGAGGUGGGAGUAGAUAUGCACAGGUUCAGGUAUUGUGUGCUCUCUCAGAAAUGGCUGUUGGUUGUAACAUUCCACAGUCUGUGUGCAUGAAAGUUUAUUUGGAAUUGAAUACAAAAUAAUUUUUGACAUGCAUUAAUAGUAAAAAAAAAAAAAAAGUAGCAAGCAGCAGGUUUUCUUUCUCUUUAAAUAUGGAAGUGUUACCACUUAAGUUCCAAAACAGUAAUAGUUUAAAAUUGGGUAUACAAAUACAAUCAUAUUUACAUAUGAUUCAUGAUAGUAGCAAAACUACAGUUAUGAAGUAGUAAUGAAAAUACUCUUAUGGUUGGGGUCACUACAAAUGUGAGGAAUUGUAUUAAAGGGUCACUGCAUUAGGAAGGUUGAGAACCACUGCUCUAACGGCUUGACUAAAAAUCUAGGAGGACUAAGGAGGAACAAUCACUGUACAUCCUCAGUUGUGUGACACUUCUAAUUCCUGGACAUGACAACACACACCAGGGAGCCGGUUAGCUUUAUGGGAUUGUAAACACUUCAGUUUUAGGUGACAAAUUUUCUGGAAUAAUCUGUUACCACAUCUACUUCCUAGAGGUGAGAGGUUCCAUGUUCUCUUCUUUGUCUAUAGAAGCAAUUAAAUCUCUUUGAAUAAGGUAACAACGUAUAUAGAAAACCUAGAGUUGGAAGCUUUCUGUGAUACUUUUUGAAAUAUUAUGAAGGCUUUCUUUUCUCUUAGCUGUUAUAUCAGUCAUCUGAAAUAUGCUCAAGCUUGUAACAGAGUUCCCUUCCAUGACAUAGGUACUGAACUUGCAAAAAGGGACAAGGAGGCAUGGCUUGAUUAGUUUUAAUUGUGAGAAUACCACACUGCAUUUCUAGUUCUUUUGUGGGUUCCUACAGAUCUUAUUAGUCCUGGACACAGGAUCACUUAGCACAAUUCUAAACCCUAGCUUCAGUCUGGUCUCCAAGAGCCCAUUUAUGCAGCAGUAGUGGACUAUAGCUACUUCAGCUUAGCAUUUGUUGGGAAGUACAUUAGCCUGUCUACAACAAAUGGAUUCUAGGCCAGUGUGCCCAAGAAAAGUAAACAUGAAAAACAAUUUGUAGAUUUCAGUAUUAACUACUUUGUUUUGGAUGUGGGUGGCAGAGCCAGUAUGAGUUACAAAUAGCAGGAACUGCUAAAGGUAUGCUUUGUUUCACUGAAGACUCACAUGUUUGAUUUUUAGGUUACUUGCCCUCUACCUUAUGAAUAUAUUUGCUAGCAUGGUAAAAGUUCUUCAGCAUCCUUAGAAUUGUAUGCCUUACGGUAUUGGUACUAGCCCUGGAGACUGACCUGGAUGAGCAGCAGUUCCAUCAUCCUGUUCGCAGGGGUGAACUACAAACUUCAUCUUUAUAUGUCUUGGUUAACUUCUUGGACAAGGUAACAGAUUUAUAAUAUUUAGGACAAUAAAGAACAACCUGUCAUCUCCUCAUUUUCUGUACCCCAAUACCCCCACCUCACCAUUGUUGGUAAGAAGCGUAAUAUCAACACAAAUACACUUUUAUUAUGCUGAAGAAUGUUCAUCUUGUCCUUACAUCUGUAGGCACAUGGAUUGAGAGGAAGCAGUUGAGUAGGUGAGGAGUGAUGUCUAAACUCAGCUAUCAUUGAGCUGUGGUGGCUUGCCAGCACCUCCCUUCCUCUGCCACUUUUCUUUGGUGUCCAAGGUGCUGAUCUGUAAGCCUCCAUUUUCUUGUCAAUAUGGGGCUGUCUCUCACAGUUCUUCAGCAGUACCAGCACCAGGUACUGUUCACAAGGAUCGAGCGUUCCCAUCUUUGUCGUCUUAGUCUGUUAUACAUCAGCAUUUCCUGGCAUAAGACUCUUGGCCUCUAAGCAGCUGUCCAUAUCUGAAUAAUUAUACAUACUCUCUUAUUUUGAUUCACCUGUUUUUAAUCUUUGUAAACAUCUACCUCCUUGUCUUUUUGUCUGUGAAUGACAAAUUAUAAGAGGAGGGGGAGUCAUUUUUAUCAUGUUUCAAAAGAUCUAUGCCAAGAUUUCCUUUACACACCAAGAACUGAAGCUUGGAGCACUUCUCAGGCCAGUUCUAGUGCCUUACACUCCAGGAUGUCUAGCAUCGGACUGAGGUAGGAAGAAAGCAGAAUGUGUCUGUAGGUUCUCAUCGCCCACAUAAUCCCUCCUUGCUCAGAAUAACCUAGGUGUGGGAUAAAAAGUUCUGUAGCUCAUUUCACUGAAAGCUUUUCUAGCUCAUACUUAACUCUCUGGUCAAUGCUUAAGAUGUAUAAGACACCAGUGCAACUACUAUAAAGUUCUUAAAUUUGCAUUAAAUUUGGUUCUGCUCAGCUCCCUCUGUUCCUGUGUAGUAUCAGCAUGUGGUCCUGAGGACAUUCUAGAUACUGGAGUGAAUAAAAACUUUUCUUAAGCUCAAACUCAGCAGACUUUGGACAUAUGGGGAAAUUGUGCAUUUUAUGACCAGAAUUAUUUCUAGAUAGCUGGAUUUCAGCUGAAAUUUUCUUUUCAUGUAUUAGGUGUAUAAAUGAAUAAAAAGAUGUUUUCAUAACGAUUGUAA